AUGUUGGCCUAUCGCUUCAGACAGAGGGGCAUUCUUGCAGUCUCGGACAGCUUUAUCCUACUUUUGGCCGUUGGCCAGCUGCUUCUUAUUAGCCUUCGAAGUUUAUCUUCUUGCUGGUGGACUGUGAAUAUUCCCGACUAUCCUGAUCUUCAGACUAACUGGACAGACCGCCUGCUUACUUUGGCCCGAGAAGAGCUGGUACUCGCUGCUAGACAAGUUGCAGUUACGGCGGAAAAAAAAGACGACGCUCCACUAAGGACAACUGAAAGCCCGGUAAGUAACACCCUUUAUUAUUUAGUAAUGAUAAAGAGACACAAAUUUAAUUUUUUUAAGGAAAGCAUUAAUAAUUUUCUAAGCCAUAUAAUAUAA